AUGAUCAGCCCACUUUUACUUUCUCUUUUUGCAAAUGCAGCCAUUGGGGCUCCGCAGUCUGCCAAUUGUCGCUGUCGCCCUAGUGACAGCUGCUGGCCAUCCGUGAAAGAAUGGUCAUCAUUAAACAAGACCGUCCACGGGAACCUGGUAGCUGUCCGUCCUGUGGCAUCGGUCUGUCACCAGCCUGGGUACAAUGCCGAUGCAUGCAAAGUCGUGACCGACAGCUGGACGGACUCUGUCUGGCGCUCCUCGCAACCAGGUGCUGGUCAAUGGGAGAAUUGGGAAGCCUGGCCAGAGCGUAACCAGUCAUGUUAUAUCGAGUCACCCGAAAAUGCCGCCUGUCAGCAAGGCCGCAUCUCGCUAUACUCCGCCAUAGUUCAGAGUGCGUCUGAUAUCCAACAUGCUGUCCAAUUUGCUAGCACUCACAACCUGCGACUGGCUAUCAAGAACACCGGGCAUGACUUUUUGGGACGUUCGACGGCCCCCGAGUCCCUGCAGAUUCUCACGCAUAAUAUGAAGGAUAUCAAGAUUGUGGACAGUUUUGUGCCUAAGGGAUCGUCGAAGAGUGAGGGUCCCGCGAUUACGAUUGGUGCCGGUGUGCAGCUUCCGGAGAUGUAUGAAGCUGUAGCUCAGCAUAAUCGCACGGUGAUCGGGGGUUCCUCGCACACUGUGGGUGCUGCUGGAGGGUAUGUCCAGGGCGGCGGCCAUUCGCCAUUUGGUCAUUGGAAGGGCCUGGCGUCGGACAAUGCAUUGGAAUUUGAGGUGGUGACAGCCGACGGCAAACUCGUCACUGCGAACUCUUACCAAAAUACAGACCUCUUCUGGGCCCUGAGAGGAGGCGGUGGUGGAACCUUUGGCGUGGUCACCAGCGUCACCCUGCGUACUUUUGAGGAAGUACCAGUCGUCGUGUACAAUUUCAACAUUACCACUGCUGGCGGUGAUCCUCGCUUUUGGGACGCAUUCGCUGAAUGGCACGCCGCACUCCCAUCCAUCAAUGAUGGUGGAGGCUCUGGCUAUUAUUUCAGUCUCCCAAAUUAUCCCAUUAGUGCAAGUGUGAGCGUGUCAACCAUCUUCUCCCUCCUGAUGUUCCCUGAAAAGACCGACGUCGCCCAAAUCGACUUGUUGUACCAACCGCUCGCCGCAAAGCUACGACAGAUUGGCGGCGUCCAGGUCGUAAAUGAAUCCAUUCCCUUCCCAACGAUGAGCUCGACCAUCUUUACGAUGCUCAUCGGUGGCCAAUCUGAUAGCACAGGAGGGAUUUCAAUGCUGGCGUCCCGUCUAUAUUCAAAAGAUCUCCUGACAUCUCAAGAUGGACCGGGCCGUCUGGCCAACGCCUUCAAGAGUAUCAAGUGGAAUCCAUUCGCCGAAAUCAUCGGCCACGUUGUUGCGGGUGGUGCCGUCGCGGCCAACGCUGACAAGGUUGAUAGUGCUGUCAACCCGGCCUGGCGCAAGGCCAUAUCGCAUAUGCUCUUCUCCCGAUCAUGGGCGGCUAAUGCCACUCUGGCAGAGCAGACAGCGGUCAUCAAGAACAUGACUGAUGUGGAGAUUCCCAUUCUGCGUGCUGUCGAGGGCGAGGAUCAGAUGGGUGCGUAUCUGAAUGAGGCCAAUGCAUACGAACCUGGCUUCCAGGCUGCCUUCUGGGGUGCCAAUUAUCCUCGUCUGUACAUGAUUAAGCAGAAGUUGGAUCCUAAAGGUCUGUUCAUUUCUCGGAAGGGUGUUGGUAGUGAGGACUGGGAUGAUGCGGGUUUGUGUCGUACUUCAGGUAAUCACGAUUGA